AUGACAUCCGGUAUCCGCAGCCCUCCAAUCUAUCCGGAAUAUUGCCAUGAGCUUUCGCCCACGAUCAAACGAUGGUGCCCUCUACGCGCCUCCGACGUACAUGCCCUGGACUACCACGGAAUGUUCAGCAAUGGCAGACCACUUUAUCACCACGGUAACCAUCCUGUCAAAUGGGUGCGCAUUACAGGUGUGAUUGUCGCCGUAGAUGAUUUCUUCGGCAGACGAGUAUAUACGCUUGAUGAUAGCAGCGGGAUGUGUAUUGAAUGCACCUGUCCUGCUCCUCCGUCACCGAACACUGCGGCCAGCGCACCGACGACGAAGCCACAGCCUACCAACCCUACAAAAUUCAAUAAUCCGAAAACGGAAGAGGCCGUUUCAGGGCCGUCCACCAGCAAUCCAAAAAUUCCGUGGGACGAGGUGGAUGUGGGUGUGGUAGUCAAGCUUAAGGGUUGCGUGACGACUUUCCGGGAUCAGAAACAGGUUGAGCUCAUCAAGGCCGAGGUGUUGAGAACUACGGAUCAGGAAAUACGGUGCUGGAAUGAAGUUCUACAGUUCCGGAAGGAGGUCUUGAGGGUACCAUGGGCUGUGAGUGAGAAGCACGAGGAGAAAUGCCGUAGGAGGGCAUUGAAAGAGAAGGCGCGCGAGAGAAAGAGCAAGACCAAGAAUGGGGAGCAAAGCUCUGGCAAGAGACAUAUUGGUCGAACUGAGCCUCGAGAUGAGAAGUCUGAUGGGAAAUACAAACGCAAGACGGAUGACCUAGAAGUUGCGCGCCGUGAGAUGAGGAGCGAAGCCACAAGGUAUCGGGUUGGGCUAGGAAAUGGAAGAGAACCUGAACAGAAGUCCAAAUCCCGAAUGGAUGGCGGCCAAAAACAACUGGAUGCGUUUCUCCAAGCAAUAACAAAUAUUGAUACGUACCAAACCCCCGCGUUCUACGAGUCUGCCUCAGAGUCUGCCGUCCGAACUCUCUACGAAUUGCUCCCCAAACGUCAACAUCGUGGCGCAGCAGCUCUCCGACCCAACUUCACUCUUCCUCGCCCCGCCGAACCCGACCCGCGACUCCGAUCGCACGCCCGAGUACGUAUCUAUCGACAGCUAGAAGAGAUUGUCAGCAUGACUUCAACACCUAAUUAUCGAAGGGAAUUGCACCGUCACAGAACUGGAGGAAGCGGGAAUCGAACACGCGCGAUGAGUCCACCGAACGGCGACCCGAGCGAGCAUACGGCUUUGCUGGGCGACUUUGAGCAGAAUGGAGCUCGACGCAAGCGGGGCAUUCGUGACUUCCUCGAUUCGAGUUACACACCGGGGAUGGACAGCGAAAACAGGCUUAUAAGCCUUCCUGCGCAUACCUUACAUGUCACCAAGAUAACUCUGUUCAGCAACUAUGUCAAUGUCCUCUUGGUAUUUGUCCCACUUGGUAUAGUUGCCGGCGUCCUGGACUGGGACCCCAUGACCGUUUUUAUUCUAAACUUCUUCGCCAUUGUCCCUCUGGCAGCUGUGCUGUCUUUCGCGACGGAGGAAAUUUCUAUAAAGCUAGGCGAGACGAUGGGUGGCCUUCUCAAUGCUACUUUUGGAAACGCUGUUGAACUUAUUGUCAGCAUUGUAGCAUUGACCAAAGGCGAGAUCGGGAUUGUUCAAUCGAGUAUGCUAGGAAGUAUUCUUUCGAAUAUUCUACUCGUGCUUGGAUGCUGCUUUUUGGCUGGUGGCAUCCGAAAUUCCAGGACUGGAAGAGUGGGUGGGAUUGAACAAGGUUUCAACGCAACCGCCGCAUCAACGAUGUCUUCCUUGAUGGCGGUGGCAUCGGCAUCUCUAAUUAUUCCUGCAACCCUGUAUGCAGCACUCUCGAGUUCCCAAGACCACUCUGAGGACAACAUCUUGAUCCUCUCUCGCGGUACCUCUAUCAUCCUGCUAAUCUUAUAUGUCCUCUACCUCGUCUUCCAGCUACGCACACAUUCCGCCCUAUUUAUUGCCGAUCAUGAAUCUGGCGAUGAUCAAGAGGAACCCAAAAUGAGCCCUUGGGCAGCCGCUGCUAUUCUCGUCGUCGUUACCGUUACCGUUGCACUCUGUGCCGAAUACCUCGUCAAUGCUAUCGAACCGAUUGUGGAGACUACUAGUAUCUCCAAGACAUUCAUUGGCCUCAUUCUCUUGCCAAUUGUCGGAAAUGCCGCUGAGCAUGCCACAGCUGUUGUCGUGGCAGUCAAGGACAAGAUGGAUCUUGCUAUGGGGGUUGCCAUUGGAAGCAGUAUGCAAAUUGCGUUAUUGCUCACUCCGUUCUUGGUGAUUCUUGGAUGGAUUAUUGGUAUCCCAAUGACGCUUCAUUUCCAGACUUUCGAAACUGUCGUCUUCUUCCUAAGUGUACUGGUAGUUACCUAUGUGAUUGGGGAUGGGAAGAGCAAUUACUUGGAAGGAGCCAUGUUAAUCGGGCUCUACCUCAUUAUCGCCCUGGCAUUCCUGGUGUAUCCGGAUGACGCGGCUGAUAUCCCCAACGUGAUCGGCAGAUCUGUCAAGGCUUUAGCAGGAUAUUAG